UUGGUGUGUGUCAGUAGGCGUGUGUGUCCGUGUAAAGUGAUCGUGGCAAAGCAGAGAGAGAGAGAGAUGUAGCACUGGGACUCUCCUCUGUCACUUUUACUUGUAAUCAUCUGUCCGGCGCUAUCCACGGCGCAAUGGGGACGUUUUGAAGCGCCUGCUUUAUGAGGAGUCGCAUUGUAUGAAUGAGCCACGCAAUGCGACCGAGGAGAGCUGCCUCUCGGAGGAUAUAUUGCGGCUUCUGGACUGAUUCGUCGGAGUAGCUUGGUGCUAGCGUGGGGCUAACGUCUUGUGCUGGCUUCUCCGGAGCGUAUCCUGUCGAGAUGCUGCGGUGGAUACGGCAGCAGCUGCAUCAAUUGCAGGUUCUUCAAAAACAGAAACUCUGGUGUCCAAAGUAAAUCAUGAGUCCCAAGCGCCUCAGCCUUCGAGUUCAGCUUCAUCUUAAAUUGAGCCUUUCCUGUGAUUCACCCGCAGCAGUCCCCAGCACAGAGGCGAAUCAGGGCUUUGACCCUCCUCAUCAAAGUGACACCAGGACUGUUUAUGUAGCAAACCGUUUCCCUGAGCAUGGCCAUUACGUACCGCAGCGCUUCGCAGACAACAGAAUCAUCUCAUCCAAGUACACAAUCUGGAAUUUUGUCCCCAAGAAUCUGUUCGAGCAGUUUCGCAGGAUAGCCAACUUCUAUUUCCUCAUCAUCUUCCUCGUGCAGUUAAUGAUAGACACUCCAACUUCCCCAGUUACCAGCGGGCUGCCUCUCCUCUUCGUGAUCACAGUUACGGCUAUUAAACAGGGCUAUGAGGACUGGCUGAGGCACAAAGCGGACAACGAGGUGAACGGAGCUCCAGUGUUUGUGGUUCGCAGCGGGAGUCUGGUCCAGACGAGAUCCAAAAAUAUCAGGGUUGGGGACAUUGUCCGUGUCGCUAAGGAUGAGACGUUCCCAGCUGACCUGGUGCUGCUGUCGUCGGAUCGUGCGGACGGCACCUGCCACAUCACCACCGCCAGCCUGGAUGGAGAAACCAACCUGAAGACCCAUUUUUCUGUGCCAGAGACGUCGGUGUGUCAGUCGGUGUCCCAGCUAGAGGCUUUGCACGGCGUGGUGGAGUGUCAGCAGCCAGAGGCCGACCUCUACAGGUUUGUUGGACGUGUAACCGUGACGCAGCGUGGCGAAGAGAUCGUCCGACCGCUGGGUCCGGAGAACCUGCUGCUCCGAGGGGCCAGGUUGAAAAAUACCAAAGAAAUAUUUGGUGUGGCCGUUUAUACGGGGAUGGAAUCCAAGAUGGCGCUCAACUACAAGUGCAAGUCCCAGAAACGCUCGGCUGUUGAGAAGUCGAUGAACUCCUUCCUGAUCAUCUACCUGGUCAUCCUGCUGACGGAGGCGGCCGUCAGCACCAUCCUGAAGUACGCCUGGCAGUCCGAAGACGAGUGGAACGAGCCUUUCUACAACCAGAAGACGGAGCAGGAGAGAAACAGCAGCUCGAUCCUUAAGUUUAUCUCAGACUUCCUGGCGUUCCUGGUUCUCUAUAACUUCAUCAUUCCCAUCUCGCUCUACGUUACUGUGGAGAUGCAGAAGUUUCUGGGCUCCUUUUUCAUUGGCUGGGAUUUGGACCUGUACCACGAGGAGAGCAACCAGAAGGCUCAGGUCAACACGUCUGAUCUCAAUGAGGAGUUGGGACAGGUUGAAUAUUUGUUUACAGACAAGACGGGUACGCUAACAGAAAAUGAAAUGCAGUUCCGUGAAUGUUCGAUAAACGGCAUCAAGUACCGGGAGAUGAACGGCAAACUGGUCCCCGAGGGGAUGACGGGGGAUUCACCGGGCGGCUCCUCACCUCAGCUGAUGAGUGAGGAGUUAUUAUUCCUCAAGGCCGUGUCACUGUGUCACACCGUCCAAAUCAGCUACAACCAGUCAGAGUCCUGGCUGGGAGGGGAUCCGUUCUCCCACACCAACAGCUUCUCCUUCAGCCACAUGGAGUACUACGCCGCCUCGCCGGAUGAGAAGGCGUUGGUCGAGGCAACGAGGAGAAUUGGCGUGGCGUUCACAGGCUGCACCGGGGACACCAUGGAAAUAAAUACACUUGGGAAAACUGAAAAGUACGAACUGCUCCAUGUGUUGGAGUUCGAUCCAAAUCGCAGGAAGAUGAGCGUCAUACUGGAGACUCCCUCAGGAGGGAUAAUGCUUUUCACAAAGGGUGCUGAGUCGGCCAUCUUGCCUUUCACCACGACUGGAGAGAUUGAAAAAACCAGGCUGCAUGUGGACGAGUUUGCUUUGAAAGGUUUGCGUACCCUCGUUGUCGCAUGCCGCCACUUCACUCCGAAGGAGUACAUCGAUGUGGAGAAGCGGCUGAUGUCGGCUCGCACGGCUCUGCAGCGGCGUGAGGAGAAACUGCAGCAGGCUUUCGCCUACGUCGAAAAAAAUCUGCACGUCCUGGGAGCGACCGGCGUCGAAGACAAGCUUCAAGACAAAGUUCCCGAGACGAUCGAAGUCCUGCGUCUGGCGGGAAUCAAAGUAUGGGUGCUGACGGGGGACAAACACGAGACGGCGGUCAGCGUCAGCUUGUCAUGCGGCCAUUUCCACCGAACCAUGAACAUCUUGGAGCUUUUGCAGCAGCGCUCCGACAACGAGUGUGCAGAGCAGCUCCGCAGGCUGGCCCGAAGGAUAAAGGAAGACCACGUCAUCCAGCACGGCUUGGUGGUCGACGGCGCCAGUCUGUCGUUGGCGCUGAGGGAACAUGAGAAGCUGUUCAUGGAAGUGUGUAAAAACUGCUCGGCUGUGCUCUGCUGCCGCAUGGCCCCGCUGCAAAAAGCCAAGGUUGUUCGUCUGCUAAAGACUUCUCCAGAAAAGCCGAUAACAUUAGCUGUUGGGGACGGAGCCAAUGAUGUCAGUAUGAUACAAGAAGCUCACGUAGGCAUAGGCAUCAUGGGAAAGGAGGGUCGUCAGGCCGUGAGAAACAGUGACUAUGCAAUCGCCAGGUUUAAGUUCCUGUCCAAACUCCUGCUGGUCCACGGUCACUUCUACUACAUUCGAGUAGCUACUCUUGUACAGUACUUUUUCUACAAGAAUGUGUGUUUUAUUACGCCACAGUUUAUAUACCAGUUCUUCUGCUUGUUUUCACAACAAACUCUGUAUGACAGUGUUUACCUGACGCUGUACAACAUCUGCUUCACCUCGCUGCCCAUCCUGGUGUACAGUCUGUUUGAGCAGCUGGUCCACCCCGAUGUCCUGCAGGCUAAACCCGGCCUCUACAGAGACAUCAGCAAGAACUCUCUGCUGUCGUUCCGGACGUUCCUGUACUGGACGUUGUUGGGCUUCGCUCAUGCCUUUGUGUUUUUCUUCGGCUCCUACCUGCUGAUGGGGGAGGACACCUCACUCAUGAGCAACGGACAGAUGUUGCGAGCUAACAGGCAGCUGAUGUUUGGCAACUGGACGUUUGGGACGCUCGUCUUUACCGUCAUGGUCAUCACCGUCACGCUGAAGCUCGCGUUGGAGACCCAGUUCUGGACCUGGAUGAACCAUUUUGUGACCUGGGGCUCAAUCGCUUUCUAUUUCAUCUUCUCUCUCUUCUACGGAGGCAUCAUCUGGCCGUUCUUGCACACCCAGGACAUGUACUUCGUCUUCGUCCAGCUGCUGUCCUGCGGCUCGGCCUGGUUCGCCAUCGUCAUCAUYGUCAUCACCUGCCUGUUUCCUGAAGUGAUGAAGAAGGUCUUCUACAGACACCUGUGUCCCACCAGCACACAGAAGAGCCAGUCUCUAUCCGCCCCCCAGGCGCAGGCCCUCAGCUGUGUGGAGUCCCUGUGCUGCUACCAACAUGGGCAGAGCGGCUGUUCCCGCCUGGCCCGCCUCCUGGAACAAAUGACGGGACAGUGCAAGGCCAGCGUCAACAAUUGCCACACAUCCAGCCGCAGCAACAGGUCUUGGAGCGACACAGAGAACUUCUACUCCAAUGACCGCACCAUCCUGACUCUGUCGCCCAUCGAGGCCAGCCGCUGUUGACUCCCACGGCCGCCACCCCUCACACACACACACACACACACCGGUACCGCUUUACGAGCCCACUCCAGUUUAAAACGAGUGGGACGAGCUCACCGAUCCUUAGAAAGAAAGAGACGAGCGUCGGAGGAAAUGAAACGGGUCGGCCCGGUUCCGCCGUCUCCCGUAGGAAGAUGGGAUCGGCGGACGAGCAGGAAAUAUCAGAUUCCUGAAAGAUGAUCCGAAAAACACAUUUAAAAAGCCAGAAAGGCAUCGGUUUCUUUCCUCUGGACAGAAAACGGACCUGAAUCUUAGCAAACUUACUCUGUUCUGGACUUUGUUUGUUUUUUUUCUACAAAUGUUGCUAAAACUGCAAAAGCACAAAAUCUUACCAAGUAUUUUUGGUCAAGUUUCAGCUGCAGUCUGACUUCGUACAGCUGAUUUAAGACAAAACUAACUUACAAGAAACGUUUCAUCAAGAUCCAGGAGCUUUUAUAAAGAAAAUAUAAUAUUGACUGAAGUAAAAGCACUAGUUACAUCGGACGAUACUAUGAAAAGAUCAAACUACGAGAAUAAAGUUGUAUUAUUUUGACUUUAUUCUUGUCCAAAUUUAUUUUCCAAACUUUUUGUUUUUGUCUUAGUUUGGCCCCAACUCGCCAUCAUAAUCAGAUUAUUUCAGUUGGGACUCUUUCAUUGAUAUUGCUGACCUAAAUCAAGCUCCUGCUUCCUGCUGAAAAGCUACUUGUAAGUUAGUUUUGUCUUGAUUCAAGUGAACCGAGACGUUCGCAGAAGAAACUAGACCAAAAUACUUGGUGAGGUUUGGCUUUUGCGGUCGGUGAGAAAUGCUCGAAGCUCAGCUGAAGAUCCCGCUGCUUCCAGGAUUCUGUCCGAUCCACUGCUGCACCUUUAAGCCCCCGGUCAGACGGGAACCGGUUCUGUAGCAUCCAGAGGUUCUGCCGGGACCUGCGACAUAAACUACUGUGGUACCAAAGACCGGCCGGAUCCAGACUGGAGUGAAGCUCUUAAUUUUUGUGCCUGAUUGAAGCUCCUGUAGUUGUAGUUGUAGUUUUGUGGCCCCUCGUCUCCCCGGAUGAAGCCGGACGUUUAAAAAAGCCAUAUAAUUAAUGCAAGUGAUGGAACUGCAGCUGUUGGAGCCUCUCGUUUCCUGGUUCUUGCUCCUCGCACUGCAAAAACACAGAAUCUCACCAAGGAGUUUUGGGCUGGUUUCUAAUACAAAUAUGUCGGUACACUUUAGAUGAGACGAAACAAACUGACCAGCAGCUUUUCAGGAAGACACAGGAGCGUUUUUAUCUCUUUAAAACGUUUUGUUUGUUUCGAUUGUUUCACUURCGACUAGCCGUUUUCAUGAAUAUUAAAGAGUUAUUGUCUUUAAACAAGCUGUGCUGAAAAGUUUCUUGUAAAUUGGUAACAUUUGUGCUGGAAACUAAACCAAACUACUUUGUAGGAUUUUGUGUUUUUGAAGUGAAAGAUGCCUUUUCUCCAUCAGCCUGGCGACCAAAAGCCUCUGAGCGUUACAGAACCACAAACCGCAGGGACUGUUUUAAAGAUGCGAGGCAGGAAAACGCAUAACCAGGUUCCCGAACGUUUCCCAGAGUCAUAAUUUAUCGUUGUGCGCAACGGUGAGAAGCUUUUGGAAGUCGGGGGUUGAUGCUCUUUAACGCUGCGAAAACACAAAAUCUCACCAAGUUUGGUUUAGUUUCUAGUGCAAAUGUCUUGGAGUUGAAUUAAGAAAAACUGAUUUACAAUUAACUGUUAGCAAAAUGUUUAUGUCAAUAAUUCCUUAAUAUUCAUAAAAAAUAUGAAUCGGUUUGAUGGCACUGCGCCGUUACCUAGCAACCCCAGACGAGCCCSGCUCGUCUCCUAGCAACCGAGUUCUAGUUCCACUGGUAGAUUAUUUCACUUGUAAAAAAACAUUUUUCCAUGUUUAUAAGUGAAACUUUUCCAUCGCCGUUUAGGAAUUAACUCGAAACAAACUUCAGCAUCUUUCUGAGAAGUUGCCUGUAAGUUAGUUUUGUCUCUUAUUAAGACGUUUKCACUGGAAACUAAACCAAAUUAGUUGGUGAUAUUUGGUGUUUCUGUGGUGAAAGUAGACGGAAGAAUGUUUUCACGUUCAGGAAAAUUCCUUCAGAAAGAAAAGCUGAGCGUUUGCACAAACCACAUAUCAAAAAUAUCACAUUUUCUUGCUUCUCAUUGCUUUAAAAUAAAUUCAUUAACACCUUAGGAAUCAUUCA